AUAAUCCCCGUAUGAUUGUUGGACAGCAUAACAAUGUCCUUUCUACGCGGCUCAGCGAAUUUUGUCUGGUGUACAACCAGUGUUCUUGGUAAAGGUGCGACUGGUGCAGUUUUUCAAGGCGUAAAUAAAAACAAUGGAGAACCUGUGGCUGUUAAAACGUUCAAUCAACUAAGUCAUAUGCGUCCACAUGACGUGCAAAUGCGAGAAUUUGAAGUUCUUAAAAAAGUAAAUCAUGAAAAUAUUGUUCAGCUGUUGGCUAUUGAAGAAGAGCAAGAUGGUCGUGGUAUGGUCAUUGUUAUGGAACUUUGCACCGGUGGUAGCCUUUUUAAUAUAUUGGAUGAUCCAGAGAACACUUAUGGAUUAGCUGAAAGUGAAUUUUUGUUAGUAUUGGAACAUUUAACAGCUGGAAUGAAACAUUUGCGUGAUAAUAACUUGGUACAUAGAGACUUAAAACCAGGUAAUAUAAUGAAAUUCAUUGCGGAUGAUGGCAGUACAAUUUAUAAACUAACUGACUUUGGUGCUGCCAGAGAAUUACAGGAAGACCAGCAGUUUGUGUCUCUCUAUGGUACAGAGGAAUACUUACACCCAGAUAUAUACGAAAGAGCAGUUUUACGUAAACCAGUUGGAAAAACAUUUGGAGCAACUGUAGAUUUAUGGUCUAUAGGUGUAACAUUUUAUCAUGUGGCUACAGGAAAUUUACCAUUUAGGCCAUUUGGUGGACGUAGAAAUAAAGAGACAAUGUUUUACAUCACUACAAAGAAAGCUUCUGGUGUUAUAUCUGGAGUGCAAACCUCAGAAAAUGGACCAAUUGAAUGGAGCAGGGAAUUACCACAGAAUUGUCAGCUGAGUGUUGGCUUAAAAAAAAUUGUUACUCCAUUACUAGCUGGCUUAUUAGAAGUUGAUCCUCAAAAAAUAUGGAGCUUCGAACGAUUUUUCACAGAAGUCACUGAUACUCUUUCUAGAAAAAGAAUACACAUAUUCAAUAUACAUAAGGGCAGUUUAAUAAAAGUUUUCUUGCAUCCUGAUGAAAAACUGACAACCCUUCAAGUACACAUACAAGAUCAAACUGAUAUUGCACCGCAUGCUCAGAUUCUUCUUUUUGGAGAUACAUUUUUAACAAACAUUGUUGAAGAAUCUACCCCUGGAAAAGGUUACCCAAAUACAUCUGAAAAUAAACCAUUAAUGCUAUUUUCUAAAGAGAACAAUAACGUAAAUUUACCUAUGGAUGCAGAAUUGCCUAAAUUUCCUGUAUUUUCUAGUUUGGUAUCUGUAGAAAAUGAUGCUAAUCAAGCAAAGAUUGCUUGUUCGGUUGGUUAUGUAUGUAAAAGAAGAAUCGAAAAGCUAGUAUUAUGCAGUAAAUUGUCACAGGAUGCGAUAGAAGCUUUCAGUGGGCAUGUUUUAAAAGAACUCGCAAGAUUAUUGGAAAAAUGUCAGCGUUCUAAAGAAUUCACUAAAGCUAUAGAAGAUACAACAACAGUAGUGGAAAGAUGUGAAAAUCUUGCUCGACAAAUUUCACGAAAACUUGGAAGUCAAAAUAAUUUAGAAAUAAUGAAUUGGAAAAAAGAGUUAGAUUUACAGAGUAAAGAGCUCCUAACUGAAUUAGCUCCUGCAGUAACGCAACUUCAUCAAAGGUACGUGAAGGAGGGUAGCUUACGUAGCGAAUGGGAAAAUAUUAUUCGUGGAUUAUGGUGUCCAUGGGUCAAUAAAGCAAGUCAAAAGGCAACAACUUUGGUUGAUCGUUUACGAGAUGGCUGGCAACAUUUAUUACGAGACAGAGCUACUCGUAAUCUCACCUACAAUGACGAACAAUUUCAUGUAUUAGAACGAGUAAAGGUUACAGAAACGGGUCAAAGAUUGAAAAACCUUCUUGAAACGUUUUGCGUACCUUCCAUGGUGAGUCGGUCCGAAUGUGUUGCUGAUUGGUAUAAAAUGGCACAAACGGUCUUCCUACAAACUCAGAUUUUAGAUAAAGAUGUAGAUAAUUAUGAGCAUGUGUUAGAAACAUAUUCUUACCGUUUGUCUCAAGAAAGUAAGGAACGUUAUGAAAGUUUCUUACAUUUAGUAGACAGACUUCCAGGAAAGCUAAAAACUGUUGAAAAAACCAAUUUACCUGCUCAAGAAAAUACAAAAAAGUGGAAAAAUAUUUGUAUUAUGCAAGAACGAAUUUCAAUGAUUCUAUAUAGAAACGGUCUACUUGUAGAUCAAAUUGAUCGUUUAUCAGCACUUGAUGGUGUUGAGAAUACAAAUGAUUCUGAAUAUACAUCGCUUUAACAAACCGUUUCUUAAUUUUUAUUGUAAGAAUGAUGAGAAUAAGACUGACAGUAUGUAUAAUAAGUAUAGAAAACGAGUAAUAUAAAAAAUGUACAGCGUACUUAAUACCAUAAUUAUACGAUUUCUAUUAUGAUUUAUAUGUUUCAAUAAAAUGACCGUUACUGUUUUUCCAGUCACAAUUUCACAGGGAAAAAAUUUAAUUGAAUAAAUCACAAAAGUAGGAUAUACAAGUAUCAUUCUUCUGUUCUAUAAAGUAUGUGUUAUAAGUUUUAUUAAGAUAUUAUGUAUAGUGGUAUAUCUACGCUGUUU